AUGGCACCGAAUGGAGUGGCGCGCAUCCGCCCUCAUGGGUACGUUACGCUGGUGCUGCUGAUGGGCGCAAACCUGGAAUUUCGCUGGGCGCUGACCACAGAGAUCAGCGACUUCGAUCCCUUCGCACCCUUUACGCACGAGGACAGCAUGGGCAAUACGCCCGGUCUAGGUGACGCCUACGAAAUGGCCAAUAACAUCCUGGAGGUGGGUGUAGGUCUUGAUUACUGGCAAGAACAAGUGACAAACCCGGUCAACGACGCUUCAGGCUCGGAAAGCGAUGAGGCCGACUCAGAUGAAGAAGGGUGCUCUGAUCCAGAAUUACGAAAGGCUCUCCGCUUAAGUCGAGAAGACUUCUGCAGUACCUCUUCACGUUCAGCUGGAAAACUACCAACUAGGCUAACCCCUCCCAAGCUCUCAUCCUUCAUCGACAAUGCUCUCGGUGGCUUAGAUCGCGGCAUGAAGGAACCGACCAGUGAUAUCGUUGAUGGCGAAUUAUCUCAAAGCAAAGAGUUCGUCCAAGUUCUCGUUGGUCCAAACGAAGAGGUCAGCAUGCUGCAGAAGCAGUGUGUGUGGAACCGCACGUAUUUCCGCGACCCCAGGUACGGCGUCAAUCGCUUUGACCACAAUGACGACGGGAUGUGGGAACUCCGGCAUCCUGCUCUUGCCGAAAUUCAGCCAGACGAUUUUGUGUUUGUCGCAGAAUACCUCGAGAGUGACGGGUUUGGUCACCGAUACCCGCGAGAUGGAGACGAAAUGGACGAAUCAUUCGCACAAUGCGUGUCAGCAUGGGUUACUCCCGAGAAGCUGGGCAUGUCAGAUAUGAUGGAUCAUGUUGUCGAAAAGCUGGAAGGACGCAUAGAGCCAGGGAUGUAUGACGUCUUGGUUUUCGCCUGUCAGGUCUAUGGUUCACAAGACACAGCUCUUCCCUCGCAAGCGAGGUUGAAGGAGUAUCUGGCAAUGUAUAUCGCGGAGAAUCGGUUGAUUUAUCUGGACGACGACAACUUAAACUCAGACUUCAUCAAGAGACUCAAGAAGUUACCGGAGUUGGAGAGAGAUAUUAUCCGGAGAAGGCUUCCGCUGCUGGAAGAACGUAUCAAGGGAAACGAAGGAGACGAUGACAUUGUCAUGGGUUGA